AAAACAAUAAGAAAAUGCGACAAUAUUUUAAAACCAUAUAAUAUAAACGUCAAGAACAUUUUGACAAAUACAGAAGUAUGCGAAAACGCAUUAAACGCGUUUCUUGGAAUCAUUGCUAUUCAGGUCGGCUUAGUAGAUCUCCUAACAUCCUUAGGAAUUAAUCCGGAUUACAUGAUUAGUCAUUCUGGCGGUGAACUCGGUUGCGCGUACGCAGAUGGAUGUCUCACCAUUGAACAAACUAUUUUAUCAGCAUACUUUAUUGGUUUGACAUGUGCUGAAGGAAAAAUAAUUCGUAGCUCAAUGGCGAUUGUCAGUAUCGGUUACGAUUAUCUUAAAAACAUAUGUCCAACGGACAUUCAAAUAGUAUGCCGCAAUAGUGAGAACAAUAGCGUUGUGAGUGGACCUAUAGAAUCCGUACAAGAAUUCAUGAAAAAAUUACAGAUGAUUAACAUUUAUGUAAAGGAGAUCUAUUGUGACAUACCGUAUCAUAGUUCGUAUCUCGCAUCCGCGGAAACUCAACUUUUACUUAAUUUGAACAAAAUAAUACCCUGGCCGAAGAAACGAAGUCCAAAGUGGAUCAGCACUUCCGUACCUCGUACCGAAUGGGUUAAUUCAGCAUCAAAAUUAUCAUCCGCGAACUAUCAUACCCAUAGUAUAUUAAACACCGUUCUUUUUGAACAAACAUUGUAUUUAAUUCCGAGUAACGCUAUUACUAUCGAACUCGCACCAUGCGGCGUUCUGCAAAAUAUAUUGAAAGAAUCUUUGCAUCCAGAAGUAACAAACAUUGUAUUGACUCAAUGCACUGAACAAAAUAACAAUGUAAUUUUUCAAGAAAUUGGAAGGCUCUACAACUCUGGACUACAGCCGCAAGUUGCAAAUUUGUAUCCACCGGUGGAAUAUCCAGUUAGCAGAGGAACUCCUAUGAUUUCUCCAUCGAUCAGAUGGAAUCAUUCCGAAGAUUGGUUUGUACCAAAGUAUAAAAUACAAAAGUCCAUAAAAUAUAGAGAAAGAUAUGUCGAAAUUUUACUCAACAAUGAGGAUUAUGAUUAUAUGAGCGGUCAUGUUAUUGAUGGAAACAAUUUGUUACCCGCGACAAGUUAUCUUGCACUUGUUUGGCAAACUGUCGGCAUGAUAAAAGGGCAAAUAUACAAAACACUAUCGAUAGUUUUUAAAGAUGUAAACUUUAUUCGUGCUGUUUAUUUGUCGAAAAAUUAUGCUGUAAAUUUGAAAAUUGCGAUACAGAAAGAUGGGAAGUUUGAAAUAACCGAAGGAGAUAGAGUUAUUGUGACAGGUACAGUGUACGAGACAUUGAAUCCGGAACAAGAAAUGAUUCCGACAAAUCUAUUACUGGAAAAUAAUGAUGAAGAAGAACUCAUGACAGCACGUGAUAUCUACAAGGAAUUGAAAUUGCGUGGAUAUCAGUACAGCAAUUUGUUUCGUGGAUUGAAGAGUGCAUCUAUAUCAUGUGAAAAAGGACACAUCAUGUGGAGAAAUAAUUGGGUAACAUUCAUGGACUCUAUGUUACAGAUGAAACUUAUCGGAUACGAUACUAGAGAUCUAUAUAUUCCUACGAGUAUUCGAAAAAUAGUGAUCAAUCCAGUGCUUCACGCUUCGAAACUACAGGAUGGUGGAAAAGUUAUAACAGACAUUGAUAAACCAUUACCAAUACAAAUUUACAAAGAGAUAGACACGAUUAAAGCUGGUGGAAUAGAGAUACGAGGUUUUAACACCACUCAAAUCAAUCGUCGGAAUUUAGCCCAAGAUACUGUUCUUGAAGAAUAUACAUUUGUAGCUCAUUGUGAUCGCAUUAAGAUUCCUUUAAACGAAGCAAUUCGGAUAUCAGCACAACUUGCUCUAGAAGAUAAUCAAAUUAUUAAUGUGGAGGUUGUGGAGCUAGUGAAAGAUGAAGAUGAUGUUACAUUAGAAUAUCUUUCAUCUUCGUUGCUGCUUGAGGCAUUUAAUGACAUGCCGUUAAUACAAACGAGUAUCACUCUAUUAACAUCACCGAAUCGUUUUAGCCCAGAUUUAUCGCAAAACUUUUCAAUCAAAGAUUCUGAAAAACCAUCUUUAAAUAACAAAGCUUUAAUUGUUGCUGGAUUCAACCUUUUGACCAAACAACACGAAUCGUUAAAGCAACUAUUGCCAUUUUUGAGAGAAGGUGGUUACCUGUUGACGCGUGAAAAAUAUAUAAUUGACUAUAAAAAACAUUUACAACAAUACGAAUUAAAUGUUGUUCUUGAAAAGUGCACUGAUGAAGAAAUGAUUGUACUUCUAAAGAAGAAAAUUUUGAUAGAAAAAAGCAUUGUUGUCCAUAUAAGUAAUGAUAACUUUAAUUGGCUGGAAAAUCUAAAGUCGCUGAUGGACGAUGAGAACAAGCUCGAUGAGAAUAAUAGAAUCAUAAUUGUUGGAGAGAGAGAUUUUGAAUGCGGUUUAUUGGGUUUUAUUAAUUGUUUGAGAAAAGAGCCAGGCGGAGAACUUGUUAGAGGUGUGCUCGUUCAAGAUAAGGAAGCACCUAAAUUCUCUCUUGAAGAUCCCUUCUAUCUAGAGCAAUUACAGAAAGAUAUGACCAUUAAUGUACUACGCUCUAAUAAAACUUGGGGAUCAUACAGACAUUUAAAAUUACCACAACCCGAAGCCAGACCUGUACCUACCGCUCAUGUCCGUCAAUUGGUUUGUGCUGAUCUAAGUACACUUUAUUGGGUAGAAAAUAAUAGAUCAGUUGAGUCUCGUCAUGAAGAUUUAGUAAAUGUCGUUUACUCAUCCCUGAAUUUCAAAGAUGUAUUGCUUACGACUGGUAAAAUAAUAUGUACUCAAACGCUUUUGAAAGGACGGUUGGAUCAAUAUUUUCCUAUUGGAAUGGAAUACGUGGGAUGGGAUGCUAACAAACAACGUGUAAUGGGAAUUCGUGAGACUGAUUGUAUAGCAAACGUUGUUGUGAAAGAUAAAGAUCUGUGUUGGAAAAUACCCGACACGUGGACAUUUGAAGAAGCAGCGACAGUCCCGGUGAUUUACAGUACGGUUUACUUAGCCCUAUACAUUUACGGAAAAAUAAAAAGAAGCGAUAAAAUACUUGUACAUUCUGGUACUGGAGGCGUUGGACAAGCAGCUAUUCAUCUUGCUCUCAAAGAAGGAUGCGAGGUGUUUACUACCGUGGGCACGAGUGAUAAACGAAAUUUUAUUAAAAAAUUAUUUCCAACUAUUUUAGAUGAACAUAUUGGAAAUUCUCGAGAUACUAGUUUUGAACAAAUGAUAAUGCAGCAGACGAAAGGUCGCGGAGUCGACAUUGUGUUAAAUUCAUUGGCGGAAGAAAAAUUAAUCGCCUCCAUUCGGUGUUUAACUCAAAACGGACGAUUCUUAGAGAUUGGCAAAUUUGAUACUAUUUCUAAUAAUCCCCUAGAUAUGUCUGUGUUCCAAAAAGGUAUCAGUUUUCAUGGAAUUAUAUUGGAUAAUUUAUUCACUGAUAAUCACAAGUAUAAGUCGCUAUUGUGCAAAAUGGUAACUGAUGGUCUUGAAAAUGGAACAAUCAAACCAAUUCAAGUAACAAUUUUUCCAAAAACAGAUAUUGAAAAAGCUUUUAGGUACAUGGCGAGUGGAAAACAUAUAGGAAAGAUAAUUAUAAAUAUCCAUGAAAAGAAUGAACCUUUAGAUAAGCACAUUCUCGCAUAUCGUCGCUAUUAUUGUCUCAGAGAUAGAAGUUACAUUAUACUAGGAGGUCUGGGUGGAUUUGGAUUAGAGUUAACCGACUGGCUUAUACUUCGUGGUGCCAGAAAUGUUAUUUUAAUUUCACGAACUGGAAUAAAAAACGGUUACCAGCGCAUGAAAAUUCGACUGUGGAAAUCAUAUGGUGUAAAAGUUCUGAUCAUCAAAAAUAUCGAUAUUGCUGACACCAAAGACUGCGAAUGCCUUUUACGAAGUGUGGAAAAAGAAGCACCGGUGGAUGCAAUAUUCAAUCUCGGUUUGGUACUGAAGGACAGCUUCUUGAAGAAUCAAACUGCAGAAACGUUCGCGGAGCCCUUCUUAUCAAAGGCUCGAGCAACUCAAACAUUGGACAAACUUUCUAGAAAAAUCUGUCUUAGCUUGCGGCAUUUUGUGGUGUUCUCUUCCGUUUCCUGCGGCAGAGGAAACGCUGAGCAAACUAAUUAUGGCAUGGCUAACUCCAUCAUGGAGAGAAUUUGCGAAAAGAGGGUGGAGGAAGGAUUGCCUGGAUUAGCGAUUCAAUGGGGGGCUGUAGGUGAAGUGGGAUUUGUCGCUGACAUGCAGGAGGACAAUAAAGAAUUAAUUAUCGGUGGCACUCUACAACAAAAGAUUUCCUGCUGUCUUAACGAACUCGAUAAGUUUUUACUUCAAAGCCGGCCAAUUGUAAGCAGCAUGGUUGUAGCUGAGAAAAAAACAAGAUUUUCUGGAUUUAGCAAUCUGAUAGAAACUGUCACUAAUAUUUUAGACAUAAGCGACAUAAAAGUUGUAAGUCCAAAUUCAUCUCUGGCCGAACUUGGAAUGGACUCCAUGAUAGCCGUGGAAAUCAGACAAACUCUGGAACGAGAGUUUAAUAUUCUUUUCACAGUACAAGAAAUACGAAAUCUUACUUUUGCAAAACUCAUUGAAAUAUCCACAAAGAUCAGUGAUAAUAAUAUACAUAAUAGAAAAAAACUCAACACAGAGAAGCCACAAUAUUUAGCAUAUUUAGUUCUUGCUAUAAAGGAUGAAGAUUUUAUUUCGCAAACUUAUUCCACUCUCUCGACUAAAGGACAGGGAACAGAAGUAUUUCUUAUACCAGGUGUUGACGGAUGUGGAACUAUAUUUAAUCAUUUAGCACCAGAUAUUUUAUUUUCAGCAACAUCCUUCCAUUAUAACACAAGCAAUAUUGAUCCUACUACAAACAUUAUAUCAGAGAAAACUGAUCAUCUCAUAAAGUACAUAAUACCAAAGCUGAGAAAUGGGAAAGAUUUUGUAAUGGUAGGAUUCUCCUUCGGAUCUGUUAUCGCAGUUGAGUUAACAAGAAGAUUGGAAGCUAUGAAUUUUAAAGGCCGACUGAUUCUCAUCGAUGGCGCUCCUGAAUUAUUACGAAGGGUAUACAAAUAUUAUAUGCCAAAGUCUGAAUUAGACCUUCAGAUUUACGUUCUAACUAAUAUUAUGGAAAUUUAUUCACCAGGAAGUAGUGAAAAGAUUCUAAUGGAAUUGAAGAAUUGUGAUACUUGGAACGAAAGAUAUGAUAUUUUUGCCAAACAGUGCUUAGUUGUAAAUGCACCACUUUCAUUUACAAAUUUAAAGACGCUGUGUACAACAAUUUACAAACAUUUAUUCGCUCUCCAAGAAUAUGAUUCUUCAAAUUUGGCACCUAUUAAGUCUUCUAUAAUUUUGCUAAAACCUACACACCCGUUGAAGUUACCACCGAUUGAAGAGGAUUAUGGUUUGUCCAAGGUAACUCAAAACGUAGUGAAGGUACAUUAUGUUGAAGGUAAUCACGUGACGAUGUUGAGAAACAAAAAAAUAUUAGCUGCAAUUAACGGAAAACCACCAUUUAUAAUUUAA